AUGUCAACAAAUAAUUCUACAGAGUCUUUUAAUUUUCCUCCACCUCCAGAAAAUUUAAUAAAUUAUUCGAAUAAUGAUACCUUAAAUUUAAAUAAAAAAAAUACAACAACAACAACCACAACAAGUGAAAACUAUAAUAAUAAUAGAAAUAAUAAUAAUAUGAGACCUUCACCAACUCCAAAUCAAUCAAACUAUAAUAAUUAUACCAAAACAAAUAAUAAUAAUAAUAAUAAUAAUUAUAAUAAUAAUUAUAAUAACAUUAAUGGUAACAAUCCAACAUAUGCACAAAUUCCCCCACCACAACCAAUACCAAUGCAACAAGAUUCAUUUUAUGAGCAACCACCACCUGGUUAUCAUGGUGAAAAUCCACAAGUAUCCUCAAUGGAUAAUUUCUUAGCAAAAGGAAAAGUGUACUCUGACCAAACAAAAAAUAAAAUUAUUGAAUUAAAUGAACAAUAUAAGGUUACAGAAACUGUUAAAAAAACAGCACAUGACACAAAACCAAAGAUUAUUUCAGGCUUUAAUUUUAUGAAAACAAAAAUUAAUGAUUUAAUAGAAGGAAAGGGAACAAAAAAUAGUGGUCCAGAAUUUAAUCCUGCAUUGGUUACCACUAAUAAUAAUCAACAACCUCAAUAUUAUCCAUCUCAACAACAACAACAACAACCUCAAUAUUAUCAAUCUCAACAACAACAACAACAACAACAACAUUUCUAUCAACCUCAGCAAUCUCAACAAUUUAAUCAAAACCAACAACAAACACCAAUUAUUCAAAAACAAUACCAAUCUCCUAUUUCAGAACCAAGAAAUUCUGAAAACUAUUCAGUUGAACAACAAAAUUAA